AUGGACAAAACGCGGCCGUGGAAUCUCCACACCUGUAACACAGAGAUAUCAAAGGUGGAUUCCUCCCUUCACACCCCCAUGUACUUCUUCCUCAGUCAACUGGCCUUCAUGGACAUCUGUCAGGCCCUGAUUGUAGUCCCCAAAAUGUCAGCAGACUUUCUGACCCCAGGCAAUCCCACUUCUCCAGUGGGCUGUGGGUUUCAGAUUUUCCUCUCGCUGACAACGGGUGGAGCAGAGUGCCUCCUUCUGGCAGUCAUGGAUUAUGACAGGUACGUAGCUAUUUGCAAUCCCUUGCAAUACCCUAUUCUCCUGAGCAGGAGAGUCUGCCUGGGGCUGGCAGCUGGGGUCUGGGUUGGGGCAGCAGCACAUUCCUUGAUGCAUUCAGUUUACACCAUGCACCUGCCCUACUGUGGUUCCAAAGACAUUGACCAGUUCUUUUGUGAAAUCCAAUCCCUGCUGAAACUGUCCUGCUCUGACACCUCCCAGUACGAGACACUGGUGAUUGUGAUUGCCAUUGUUGUGCUCCUCAUGCCUGCUUCUAUCAUACUAGCCUCCUACACUCGCAUCCUCUCUAUGGUCCCAAGGAUGAAGUCAACCAAAGGAAAACAGAAAGCUCUGGCCACUUGCUCCUCACACCUGACUGUGGUGGGGCUGUUCUAUGGCUCAGGCAUCUUCAUGUACAUGAGACCCAAUGACUCUCACUCACCUGAACAAGACAAGAUCGCCCCUGUGUUUUAUAUCAUUGUCACCCCAGUGCUGAAUCCACUGAUCUACAGCCUGAGAAACAGGGAUGUCUUGGGAGCCUUAAGGAAGCUGGUUGGGAAAUACAGGGUCUUCCAGCAAAACUGA